UCUAUGUUAUUGGGCCUAUGGUAGGAGGAACAAUUGAUGCCCACAAAGAAAAGAAACCUUUUAGUUGAAGGUUAUCUGAGAGAAAGCAGAGUAGAGUUGUAUUAGAGCUGCAUCCAAAAUCCUGUUGGAGAGGUUCUCCCACCAAUCCAAGGUGCCACGUCAGAGAAGGAAAAGUGCUUGGAAACUGAGGCAGUGAUGAGGAUUGCAGCAAUGGCCACCACAUUUGCAUCCUCAUCUCCACAAAUUGCAGCUUCUUCUUUUACUCUUCCACCCUUCCAAUCCAAAAAGUUCAUCCUUUUUCACAACCCAGUACUUCAAAAAAACAACAUACUCCGACCCAUUCUUCUUCCUCCUCCUCCUCCUGCUGCUGCUGCCCAAGAUGCGGUGGAUGCUGCGGAACAAUUGUACAAAACCACCGAUCAAGGGGUGGCCACAGUCGUAUCCGCUCUUUUCUUUAUUGCUUUCGUUGGCCUAUCCGCUAUCACUAUUGGGGUUAUCUAUCUGGCAGUGACGGAUUUCCUGCAGAAGAGAGAGAAAGAGAAGUUUGAGAAAGAAGAAGCUGCUAAGGGCAAGAAUAAGAAGAAGAAGAAGGUGGGCAGAGCCAGGGCAGGACCUAGAGGAUUUGGCCAAAAAUAUGUUGAAGACGAGGUUGAUGAAUGAACCAUUUCAGGUCCUCUUGCCUUGCAUUCAAAUGAAUUUUUACUUUAACCUUUCUUUUUCUUUUCUUUUUGUCUUUUCCGUGUUGCUAUUGCUUAGUUCUCAUCACAGUGUGAUUUUGAGUUUCCAAAACAAAACAUGUGUUUAACGGCGGAAUGCGAGUAAUUAACCUUGUUGGAUUAAUUAGUUAAAUUAAAUUCAUUGCAACACAGCAUUUCAGGAAACGCUGAAUGGACCGCAGAAUUUAUUGAAACUGCCCCAUGCCUACGUUGUGGUUGUUCA